UAAUGGAUAUAUGUAUGUACAGGAUAUAAUGCUGGAAAUAUAAUCUGUCGUUCUAACGCUGAUUAUGUAGUAAGAUAAUAAUUUCUCAUUCACCGAAAUCGAUCACAUUGAAAGGAAGUUUUACUUAACCGGUAGUUAAUAAACGUGCUAAUAAUAAUAUAAAUGAUCAUUUUGAAUACAAUUUUUCGCAGAUUAUUUGUCAAAAGACUACAUUAUAUAUGUUUAUUCAUUUUAAUUGUAAUUAUCGUACUCAAUAAAAUUGUCGAUAAUAAGAGAGAUGAAUGGUCAAUAUUAGACAAUAAAAUAUUAGCUUAUCAAAACUUAGAUGUGAAACUUACAAAGAUUUGUGAAUCUUUUAUAAACACAGAACCAAAUCAAACAUUUGCUAAACAAUAUGAACAUUAUUCAACAGAACAACAUCUCUUGUAUCAAUGGAAAUCAUUGAAUGAUUGUACAAUUUUUCAAAAAUUAUGGAUAAGUAAAGAAGAAUUGAAUUAUCCAAUUGGAUUCGCCUUUGCAGUCUAUGAAAAUAUUGAUCGUGUAGCACGUUUGUUACGUCUUUUGUAUAGACCACAUAAUUUAUAUUGUAUACAUGUAGAUCGUAAUGCUUCAGAUAGAUUUUAUCAGUCUGUAGUUGACUUAGCUAAAUGUUAUGGUACAAAUGUUGAAAUUAUCAAACGAUCUCAAAGUGUUUCAGUUAAAUGGGGUUAUUUUUCCGUUCUAGAUUCAUUUCUUAAAUGUACUCAAAUCAUGUUGAAUAAUACAAAAAUUGACUGGAAGUAUGUUAUGAAUAUUAAUGGAAAAGAAUUACCAUUACAUACUAACUGGGAAAUUAUUAAAGCGUUAAAAGCUUUGAAUGGAUCUAAUAUAGUUGGAUGUACAAUAAAAAAUGGACCAAAGAAAAGACUUCCUAGUAGGAAACCAUCAUUCAAUGUAACGUGGAUAAAAGGAAGCUUUUUAGUUGCACUUCGUAAAGAAUUUGUCAGUUAUGUACAUACGAAUCCUUAUGCCAUUGAAUUAUUAAAUAUUCUUAGAGAAGAACAACAUUUGAUGAAAAUACCAGAUGAAAUGUUUUUUAGUACAUUAGCUUAUAAUCCGCAAUUAUCGGCUCCUGGUGCUUGUCAAGAUUUUUAUCCACCUAAUGAAAAUGAUAACCAGUCAACUUUUGUAUCACGUUUUGUUAUUUGGAAACCGAAAAAAUGUGUAACGGGAAAAAGAUAUCAUACAGUAUGCAUGUUAGGUGUACAACAUUUGUACAACUUAACAAAACGUCAAGAAUUUUUCGCAAAUAAAUUUCACACUGGUUUUUACGAUGCAGCAUAUGAUUGUCUUGAAUACUGGAUAUUAAAGAAAAUGAGAAACGAACGUUUGACAGGAAGAUUAGAUUCAACGUUCAAUCCUCAAUUCUAUGCUGAACUGCAUUGUUCUAAAAACCAUAUAUAAUACCACCUGGCUGUAUUAUUCUAUUUUGUUACUUAUGUAUUUAUGUAAAAGAGUUGUGAACUUUUCAAAAUUUUUAUUGCACAAUCAAAUUGUCAUCUGUGAAUUCUAAACUAGAAAUGACAGAAAAAUUUACUCUUUGUAUCAUUCAGAAUCUGUAUUUGAACAAAUCUACCUCUCACUUACAGUUUACGUCCAGUAUAUGCCGAAAAUUCAACCACUAAUGCAACACUGCAAAUGUUGUUGUACUGAAAGUGAUUUUGUUACACUUUGAUGUUAAAAGUUAGUAAUUUAAGCUGUAUUCAGGUACAA